AUGUCCUAAGCUUAGCUUCCUUGGCAUUUAAGGAUUAACAACUCGUCAGUUCACAGUUUCAAAGACCCACUUUUCUCACAAAACAACAAACGAAACAAAAAAAAAAAGUAAAACAAAUGCAAUCCGAUGUGUGAGUGAAGUACUGAAGUGUGAUUUCUUACCACUUGUUUGAUGCUUUGUUUAUCCCAAAAGAAAAAGCACUCAGCAAAAAAGAAGCAGCAGCUGCACCACCCUCUGUUCCCUUCUUUUUAUUUCUUUUAUUUAUUUUUUUAUUUUCCCCCUCCUUUUCCCUUGCUACCAGAGCAAUUCCAAAACCUCUCUCUCAAUCAAAGUAUCAAUCUUUUUGGUUCCUUCUUCUACCCCAGUACAAAAAGAUGGCAACUUUAGCUUCCCCCACUCUUCACUCAAACUCCAAUACCUGUGGUGCUUUCUGGGUGGUGAAGGAGAAGAAGAAAAUUGGGGAAGAAAGCUUAAACCUUGUUGCAUUGGUUGUGGUGGUGGUGGCAGGACCAUGGCCAGCACCAGUGGCACAAAGGGUCCUCUUGAAGUUGGUAGGAGCCAAUCAAAGAGGAUGUUAAGGGCUCCUACUCGGAGUGUGGACUUGGCAAAUGAGGAGAGUGUGGUGGACAGUGAGAUGGUGCCUUCUUCUCUUGCUGUGCUUGUGCCUAUUCUCAGAGCAGCCCUUGAGAUUGAGGAGGAAAAUCCCCGAGUAGCCUAUCUUUGUCGCUUCCAUGCAUUUGAGAAAGCCCAUACAAUGGAUCCAACAUCCAGUGGGCGUGGUGUUCGCCAGUUUAAGACUUACCUAUUGCACAAACUCGAAAAGGAAGGGGAGCUUACUGAAAAACUUGGUAAAAGAAGUGAUGCCAGGGAGCUGCAGAACUAUUACCAACAAUUCUAUGAAAAGAAAAUCCGUGAUGGAGAAUUUUCCCAGAAACCGGAGGAGAUGGCUAAGAAUGUUCAGAUUGCUGCUGUAUUGUAUGAGGUGCUGAAGACUAUGGUAGCUCCUCAAAGUAUUGAGGAUAAGACAAAAAGAUAUGCCGAGGAUGUUGAUAGGAAGAGGGGGCAAUAUGAACACUAUAACAUCCUUCCACUAUAUGCUGUUGGUGUUAAACCAGCAAUCAUGGAACUUCCCGAGAUCAAAGCAGCAAUUAAUGCUUUAUGUAGGGUGGAUAAUCUUCCAAUUCCAGUAAUUCAUGCAAGACCUGAUGUUUCUAAUGAUGAUUCUAUAAUGCCUAUGGAGAGGCUUAAAAAAGUGAAUGAUAUACUUGAUUGGAUUGCCUCAGUUUUUGGGUUUCAGAAAGGAAAUGUAGCAAAUCAAAGGGAGCACCUUAUAUUAUUGCUUGCCAACUUGAAUAUAAGGAACAGGGAUGUAUCAUCUUAUCAGCUCCAUGAAGAAACUGUACUAAAGUUGAAGGCUACAAUUUUCAAAAAUUAUGAGUCAUGGUGUCAUUAUGUGCGUUGUGAUUCCAAUCUUAGGUUUCUAGAUGAUUAUGACAUGCAACAGAUGGAGCUGAUUUAUAUUGCACUUUAUCUUCUAAUAUGGGGAGAAGCUUCAAAUAUUCGCUUCAUGCCUGAAUGUAUUUGCUACAUUUUCCAUCGUAUGUGUGAUAAAGUCUAUGAGAUUUUAGAUAAGAAUACCAUUCAUGUGACUGGGAGCACACAGCAAGUCGAAGGACGUGAUGAUGAAUAUUUUCUGAGGGAAGUUAUAAGUCCAAUAUAUCAAGUUUUAAUGAAGGAAGCAAAGAGAAACAACAAAGGCAAGGCAAGUCAUUCUAAUUGGAGAAAUUAUGAUGAUCUUAAUGAAUACUUUUGGUCUAACAAAUGUUUUCACGAUCUAAGCUGGCCAUUGAAUCCCAAAGCAGACUUUUUUAGGCAUUCAGAUGAGACACAGACAGGACAUCCGGGCCGUAGCCAAGCAAGCACCGGAGUUGGUAAGAGGAAGCCAAAAACAAAUUUUGUUGAAGUUCGUACGUUUUUGCAUCUGUAUAGGAGUUUUGAUCGAAUGUGGAUAUUCUUUAUAUUGGCUUUACAGGCAAUGAUUAUCAUAGCAUGGAGUUCCUUGGGACCUGUUGGAGUGUUUUUUGAUGCAGAUGUCUUCAGAAAUGUUACAACUAUAUUCAUUACAUAUGCUUUUCUCAAUUUUCUUCAAGUAACUCUUGAUAUUAUUCUCACAUGGAAUGCAUUGAAGAAUAUGAAAUUCACUCAGUUGCUUCGAUAUUUUCUGAAAUUUGUGGUAGCAGCUGUUUGGGUUGUUGUUUUGCCAGUCUGUUUUUCCAGUUCUCUACAGAAUCCAUCAGGGCUUAUAAAAUUUGUUACCAGUUGGGCUGGCGAUUGGGGCAACCAGUCACUUUACACCUAUGUUGUUGUAUUAUAUAUGUUACCAAACAUAGUGGCUGCAAUACUAUUUUUCCUUCCUCCUCUGCGGAGAACAUUGGAGCGCUCAAACAUGCGUCCCAUUACCUUUUUGAUGUGGUGGGCUCAGCCAAAAUUGUAUGUAGGCAGAGGAAUGCAUGAGAGCAUGUUUUCACUGCUGAAGUACACUCUCUUCUGGAUCAUGCUGCUAAUUAGCAAGCUAGCAUUCAGCUACUAUGUGGAGAUAUUGCCUCUUGUUGGACCCACAAAAUUAAUCAUGGGGAUGCCUAUUGAUAACUACCAGUGGCAUGAGUUCUUUCCUGAAAAUGAGACUCACAAUAUAUGUAUUGUAAUUGCAAUAUGGGCUCCGAUUAUCCUGGUUUAUUUUAUGGAUACUCAAAUAUGGUAUGCUAUAUAUGCCACUAUAUUUGGUGGCAUUGUUGGAGCUUUCAGCCAUUUGGGGGAGAUAAGGACACUUGGAAUGCUCCGCUCCAGAUUUCAGUCUGUACCAGUAGCUUUCAGUCUGCGCUUUUGGACUGGAAGAGACCGAAGGAAUAAACAGGAGGAAUCGGAUGAGACAUAUGAACGGAACAAUAUUGCAUACUUUUCUCAGGUUUGGAAUGAGUUUAUAAAUUCUAUGAGAGAAGAAGACCUCAUCAGUGACAGGGAUAGAGAUUUGCUUCUUGUCCCAUACAGUUCAAGUUCUGUUUCUGUCAUUCAGUGGCCUCCAUUCUUGCUUGCUAGUAAGAUUCCUAUAGCUGUUGACAUGGCAAAAGAUUAUAAGAAGGAGAGCGAUGAUGAUUUAUUCAGAAAGAUUAAGAACGACGGGUAUAUGUAUUCAGCAGUUGUUGAAUGCUAUGAGACUCUCAAGGACAUCAUACUGAGCCUUCUGCGAGAUGAAGAAGAUAAGCGGGUUGUGAUGAAUAUAUGCUAUGAAGUAGAACGGUGCAUACAAGAAAAAACAUUUGUCAGGGAAUUCAAGAUGAGUGGCUUGCCUUCACUCAGUGAGAAGUUAGAGAAAUUCUUAAGUCUACUACGAUCUGAAGAUGGCAAACUAGAGUCCCAGAUAGUCAAUGUCCUGCAAGAUAUUGUAGAAAUUAUUAUACAGGAUGUUAUGGUCGAUGGCCAUUUGUUUUUGCAAUUUCUACAAACACCUCAGCAAUAUCAUGUAGAGAGGGGGCAGAGGUUUGUCAGCAUUGACACUUCUUUUACAAACAAUGGAACAGUAAUGGAGAAGGUUAUUAGGCUUCAUUUGCUUUUAACAGUCAAGGAAUCAGCUAUAAAUGUUCCCCAAAAUAUAGAAGCCCGCCGCCGCAUUACAUUCUUUGCCAACUCCUUAUUUAUGAAUAUGCCAAAGGCUCCCAAAGUGCGGGACAUGUUGUCCUUCAGUGUUCUGACACCCUAUUUCAAAGAAGAUGUUCUAUAUUCUGAUGAUGAACUCAAUAAGGAAAAUGAAGAUGGAAUAUCAAUUUUAUUCUACCUAUCCAAGAUAUAUCCUGAUGAAUGGGACAAUUUUCAUGAACGAAUAAAAAGUGAACCACUUGAAGAUAAGGAGGAGUUAAUUCGUCGGUGGGCAUCUUUCAGAGGGCAGACACUCUAUCGAACAGUGAGAGGAAUGAUGUACUAUUGGCAAGCUUUGAUCCUUCAGUGCUUCAUAGAAUCUGCGGGAGACAAUGCUCUCUCUGAAGGCUACCGGCCUGAUUCUGUUGACAAAAAUAAGAAGCUUCUCGAAGAAGCACAAGCUAUGGCUGAUUUAAAGUUUACAUAUGUUGUUUCUUGUCAAAUGUACGGUUCUCAGAAAAAGUCCAAAAAUAUUAGAGACAGAAGCUGCUAUACUAACAUUCUCAAUCUGAUGUUAACGCAUUCUUCCCUUCGUGUUGCUUACAUAGAUGAAACAGAAGACACAAAGAAUGGAAAAUCUCAGAAAGUUUAUUAUUCCGUUCUUGUCAAGGGAGGGGAUAAGUAUGAUGAGGAAAUAUAUCGCAUCAAACUACCUGGUCCUCCAACAGAAAUUGGUGAAGGGAAACCUGAAAACCAAAAUCAUGCCAUAAUAUUUACUCGUGGAGAAGCCUUGCAGACCAUAGACAUGAAUCAGGAUAAUUAUUAUGAAGAAGCUUUCAAAAUGAGAAAUGUAUUGGAAGAAUUCCGGAGAGGACAUAGUGGGCAACGGAAACCCACCAUAUUGGGCAUAAGGGAGCAUAUAUUUACUGGAAGUGUUUCUUCACUUGCUUGGUUUAUGUCAAACCAGGAGACCAGCUUUGUGACCAUUGGCCAGCGAAUUUUAGCAAAUCCUUUAAGGGUCCGGUUUCAUUAUGGUCAUCCUGAUAUAUUUGACAGAAUCUUCCACAUAACAAGAGGUGGCAUAAGCAAAGCAUCAAAAGUUAUAAACUUAAGUGAGGAUAUAUUUGCAGGGUUCAAUUCAACUCUCCGUCAAGGAUUUAUCACACAUCAUGAAUAUAUACAAGUAGGUAAAGGGCGUGAUGUGGGCAUGAAUCAGAUAUCACUCUUCGAGGCUAAGGUUGCAAAUGGAAAUGGAGAACAAUCACUUAGCCGUGAUGUUUAUCGACUUGGACGACGAUUUGACUUCUUCAGAAUGUUGUCGUUCUACUUUACAACAGUUGGUUUCUACUUCAGUAGCAUGAUAACUGUGUUGACUGUGUAUGUGUUCUUAUAUGGACGUUUAUAUAUGGUUUUGAGUGGAGUUGAGAGAGAAAUUCUUCAAAGUCCAAACAUACAUCAGAGCAAAGCCCUUGAAGAGGCCUUGGCAACUCAGUCUGUUGUUCAGUUGGGCAUACUGCUUGUGCUGCCAAUGGUUAUGGAAAUUGGCUUAGAGAAGGGAUUUCGCACUGCGUUGGGUGAUUUUAUCAUCAUGCAGCUGCAGCUAGCCUCUGUGUUCUUUACUUUCCAGCUUGGAACAAAAGCUCAUUAUUACGGAAGAACACUCUUGCAUGGGGGUUCUAAAUAUAGACCAACUGGUCGGGGAUUUGUUGUCUUCCAUGCAAAGUUUGCCGAAAACUACAGGAUGUACUCACGAAGUCAUUUUGUGAAGGGUCUAGAGAUUCUCAUACUAUUGAUUGUUUAUGAAGUCUAUGGGGAGUCAUACCGCAGCUCCCAUCUUUAUUUAUUCAUCACAAUCUCAAUGUGGUUUUUGGCCACUUCAUGGUUGUUUGCUCCUUUCUUGUUUAAUCCUUCUGGCUUUGAUUGGCAAAAAACAGUGGAUGAUUGGACUGAUUGGAAGCGGUGGAUGGGAAAUCGUGGUGGCAUUGGUAUUUCAUCUGAUAAAAGUUGGGAAUCUUGGUGGGAUGAAGAAAAUGAACACUUGAAAUACUCAAAUAUCAGGGGGAAAAUAAUUGAGAUAAUUCUUGCAUUUCGCUUCUUUAUGUACCAAUAUGGAAUUGUCUACCACAUGGACAUUACUCAUCAUAACAAAGAUUUGCUGGUAUUUGGACUUUCUUGGGCCGUUUUAAUAAUAAUACUCAUUGUAUUAAAGAUGGUAUCCAUGGGAAGACGAAGAUUUGGCACCGACUUUCAGCUCAUGUUUCGUAUUCUCAAGGCACUUCUCUUUCUUGGCUUCUUGUCAGUCAUGACUGUAUUAUUUGUGGUAUGUGGACUUACUGUAUCAGAUUUGUUUGCUGCCAUCAUCGCCUUCAUGCCCUCUGGAUGGGCCAUUAUUCUGAUUGCACAAGCAUGCAAGGUAUGCUUGAAAGGAGCUAAACUAUGGGACUCAGUGAAAGAGCUAGCCAGAGCUUAUGAAUAUGUGAUGGGUUUAAUAAUCUUCUUGCCAACAGCCAUUUUGUCAUGGUUCCCAUUUGUGUCAGAGUUUCAAACUCGCUUGCUAUUCAAUCAAGCAUUUAGUAGAGGGCUCCAAAUUUCAAUGAUUCUUGCUGGAAAGAGGGACACUUUUAAAUCUGAUUGACAUGCUAUACUUUUGAAUUGCUAAGGAAUUUGAAGUUUUCAGUUUGAGGAGAGAUUGAUCUCCCACAUACCUGAAAUUUUUUGGGAGUUCUUAUGAUUCCCUUUUCCUUUUCAUACUAUAUCUUACUGACUAAGAAUAGGAAUGAUAAAUGACUCAGGCAGGACUUCACAUUUUGAAAUUGCAUAAUUGUAUCAGCAAUGUAAAUGUAUGAGCUAAGAGGAGAGCUUUACUUGUUUGUUACAAUACAAAGAGGAUUCAUAGGUCAAAAUUAUUAUUAUUCAUUACUAGUUUAAUUACGAAUAUUUAACAUAUUUAUAUAUUAAAGUUUACAUUCAGUUUGAAUUUU